AACCAAUUCAUAAUUCACAUAACAUACCAUACGCACCCACCCCGAGAAUCAAGUUUCUCAGCCCCUUACGUAAAUUCACCUCAAAGCAAAGCAAAGCAACCUCUCUCUCUCUCUCUCUCUCUCUCUCUCUCUCUCUUACACACACACCUACACACCCACAGAAAAAGAGUGUUGCAGCCUAUGCCUUUCUAACUUUUCAUAUUUGUUAUUUGACAGCACCCCAUCAACAACCUCUUCAAUAUCUUUCAUACACUUCAUAUUCAAAAAUUCUCUUUCUAAAUUCUCUCUAGCUAGAGGAGCUGCCUGCCUCCAACCCAAUUCAACAUGUCUUUAACUUCUCAUCAAACACUUGUGUUUCUUUGGGUUUUCCUUCUCGCUACUGUUUCUUUCCUCGCAACCCCAUCCGCCUCUGCGAUUAACUCCUUCGUCUUCGGGGGCUGUUCCCAGCAAAAAUACCUCCCGGGUUCGCCUUACGAGUCCAAAGUCAACUCGCUCCUCACCUCCCUGGUCAACUCGGCCAUGUUCACCACCUACAACAACUUCACCAUCCCCGGCUCCUCCUCCCAGGACACAGUCUACGGCCUCUUCCAAUGCCGCGGCGACCUCAGCAACAAUGACUGCGCCCAAUGCGUCGCCCGCUCGGUGAGUCAACUCGGUAACCUAUGCCUCAACUCGUGCGGCGGCGCGUUGCAGCUCGAGGGCUGCUUUAUCAAGUACGACAAUUCGACGUUCUUGGGGGUGGAGGACAAGACCGUGGUGAUCAAGAAAUGUGGGCAGUCGAUUGGGUUUGACUCGGACGUGUUGACCAGGCGCGAUGCCGUGCUGGGGUAUCUUGGGACCGGAGACGGGACCUACAGGCCGUACAGGGUGAGUGGCUCCGGGAAUGUCCAGGGUGUGGCGCAGUGUGUCGGGGACUUGAGUCCGAGCGAGUGCCAGGAUUGUCUGUCGGAGGCCAUCGCGCAGCUCAAAUCAGGCUGUGGGCCCAGCGCGUGGGGGGACAUGUUCUUGGCUAAGUGCUACGCGCGCUAUUCGCAAGGUGGCUACCACACCAACGGCGGUCAUGAUUAUCACAACGAUGAUGAUGAUGAUGAUGAUGAUGAUGAGCUCGAGAAGACACUUGCAAUAUUGAUUGGAGUCAUAGCAGGGGUUGCACUGCUCGUCGUGUUUCUUUCUUACUUCAGAAAGUAUUUGUGCGAGGAGGAAAAAUGUGGUAAAUAAAUUACAGCAGCUGUUUCUUUCUACCCCUGGUAAUUUCAUUUGGCUUUCGGUGGCUCCUUUUUUGCUUCAAUUCUAAGUUGUUGGCCCCAGCUUUUGUCCUCCCUCCCCUCCAUGGCUAUUUGAAGUUUCUUUCUGGCACAUUUCCUUUUGUAAAGAAGAAGCAUUGCGAGGGUAGAUAGAAAGAUGUAUAUGGAUAAAGCCAUAAAGGUACCUUGAAACAAGUGAAAUCAAACUUUGAUGAAUAAGAAGAAAAGGCACAAAGAUUCCUUACUCCUUGCACCCACACAGUUCCAUUCCACUUAACUAGUCUUGACAAAUUUAAUUAGAUUGUUUUACAAAUAAUGUGUAGAAACAUCAUAGAUUUGUGUGGAAAAAGUACACUUUGUGAUGCUUUUCUUUCUUUAUUGUCUUUGUUGGGUGUUAUGAAACUUUUGAUAACUUUAUAUAUGGAGUGGGAUGGGAAACUUUUGAUUUUAAUCAAAAAUUAAAUUGUGACAUGUUCAUCUAA